AUGACAGACGGAGAUAAGCCAACUUAUUUCCCGAUCGAAUAUGUCACCUAUGUGUACCUUGUUCAAAGUGAUAGAGGUAAGGUUUUGAAAUGAGAUUUUGAGAGAUCUGGAAAAAAUUAAUUCUUGCCGACAUUUCGAUGCGCGGAAAGAUUUCUGAUUUUUCCCCAUUGUGUUUUUUUUACAGAUCCAAAUUGUUUUGAUAUCAUCAAAAUGCGAACAACUGAUAGACUUGACGAUCCAAACAUUGAAGAUUUUUUGGCAGUCACCAGAGAGGUCGUUCCAUACGCUCCUAUGGAUUUCGACAAAUUUAUUGCGGGUAAGGUUGCUGAACUUCCUCAAAAUGUAGUUCUAGACUAAUAAGAAAAUAACAUUUCAAAAUCUUCCGAAUUUUGUAGCCUCCAAACCCCCAAUUUUUCAGGAACCGGCGAAGAGAAUUGGUGCAUUCCAGUUGCAGGGACCGAACAAAUGAUCACUGAUGUGAUGACACAUUUGCAAGCAAAUUUCUGGAACUGGCCAGCGCCCCAACAACCGGCUGAAUCAGCUGAAUCAGUUGAGAACAAUGACACAGCUUGA